AUGACCGCGCCUUCACCCACCUCCGCCUCCACAGACUCGGGUGCCCCAGCUCUCCCCGACCGACCCUCGACGUUAAACAGUGUCGUCAACCAAAAUGCAUCCAACUUCACUAAUCAGAACCGCUUUGGCGUGAACGGCAUGAACGGCAUGAAUUCCAGUCCUUAUUCGGCGCCUUAUUCGUCCUAUUCGUCCCCUUACUCGCGGUUCGGUGGCGGCAUGUAUGGUGGAGGCAUGUAUGGAGGUGGUUACGGAUAUGGUGGCGGCAUGUACGGCAGUGGCAUGUAUGGGGGUGGAUAUGGAAACUACCCAGGCAUGCCAGGUGACCCAAACAACCAGAGUCUGACCCAGACAUGGAACAACAGCACUGCCGCGACUUUCCAGAUCAUGGAGAAUAUCGUCGGCGCGUUUGGGGGGUUCGCGCAAAUGUUGGAGAGUUCAUUCAUGGCGACGCGUUCCUCGUUUUUCGCAAUGGUCUCCAUGGCCGAACAACUCGGGACUCUACGCCAGACCCUGGGCUCAGUUCUCGGAAUCUUCACCCUCAUGCGCUGGCUUCGGACGCUGGUCGCCAAACUUACCGGGCGUCCACCCCCGGCCGACGCAACCGCUCUUACACCUGCGGCGUUUUCGUCCUUCCUCAAUGGCGGCCACGGUGCGACCCCUGCGACCCUGCCUGACGGCUCCCCCGCGCCCCCCCGCCCCUCCCGGAAACCGUUCAUCAUGUUUGCCAUCGCGGUGUUCGGCCUGCCCUAUCUCAUGAGCAAGUUGAUCCGCGCCAUGGCCCGCUCUCAAGAAGAGGAAAUGCGUCGGCAUCAAGAAGUCGCGGCCAUGACAUACACAACCGGCGAAAACGGAGAGCAGAUCCCCAUCGACCCUAAGAAACUCGACUUCUGCCGCGUAUUGUACGACUAUACUCCCACGCCCCAGUCUGGAGGGAUGGACCUCGAGGCCAAGAAAGGCGACUUCGUGGCCGUGCUCUCCAAGACGGACCCUAUGGGUAAUGCCAGUGAAUGGUGGCGGUGUCGUGCGCGCGACGGCAAGAUGGGAUACCUCCCGUCUCCCUACCUCGAACCCAUCCAGAGACCCGUGCCCAAGGCGGCCCCACAGAUCACGGAAGGCAAGCUCACGCCACAGAUGACGGGGACGGACGAGAUGGCCGCUUCCUUCAAGCCCAAGCUUCUCCAAAACGCCGGCGAGGCGGAUGCCGAUACUCAGGCCGUCAUGGACUCGCUCAAGACACGGGAGAAGGACUACAAGGAGCGCUACAACGCCGUGUAUGGACCGGCGACAAAGAGGCAGCCGGAGGUGGUGAAAGGACCCAAGAUGGACAGCAGACCGGGUGAUAUUUCGGCCGAGAGUUUCCAGAAGAGCGCGUUUUAUUCUUGA